CUGGUGGCCUGCGCCAUGUUAGCCUCGAACUGGUUCCACUCCUCCUGCAGGUAGUCCUGUGUGAAGACCAGGAUGGAUUUGCGGCUUGUGUGGGCGGCGGUGGCGAGGGCGUCAGCGAUCACCUCACCCGAGUCUCUCGGCCAAGAUGCGGCUGCGACCCUGAAGGCGUCCCUCUUGGCCAACUACGACAAUAGUUUGCGGCCUGUCAAGUUUGCUUCCACACCCGUGAAUGUGGCCGUCGACAUUUCCCUCCGGCAGAUUAUUGAAUUGGCGGAAAAAGCGCAGGCAUUCCGAAUCAACAUCUGGCUGCGGUUGUACUGGGAAGAUGAGUACCUGACGUGGAACGCCUCAAAACACGGCGGUGUGGACUCAUUAACCAUCCAUUCUUCUGACAUCUGGAGGCCUGACAUCUUCGUCUACAACAACAUAGCCGAGACGUACGGUGCCAUAGAGGCCAUCACUGACGUCACCGUGACCAGUGCAGGACGGGUGACGCACUUCCAGCCCGCCAUCUUCACCAGCGCAUGCCCAGUGGAUAUUUCAAGAUUUCCUUUCGACAAACAGGAAUGUAUUCUUGAGUUCGGAUCUUGGAUUUACACUGGAGACAAGCUGAACAUGUCCCUUGUGACGCCCGCUGUAGACCGCGGGAGCUUCACUCCGAACGUGGAAUGGAUUCUGAUUGGAGCGCCGAUGGAGAGAAAGGUGGCUAUAUAUCCCUGCUGCCCCGAACCCUACGUCAGCAUCCUCCUUACCCUUCAACUGGAACGUCGGUCCUUCUUCUACAUGUUCAACAUGGUUGUACCCUGCGCCAUUUUGAUGAUACUGAACGUGUUCGGCUUCUACAUCCCCCCGGACAGCGGGGAGCGGCUGGGCUUCUUCAUCACCAUCCUGCUGGCUCUCGUCGUCUUCCUGCAGGUUCUGUCGGGGUCCUUGCCCAAAACUUCAACAACCAUUCCACAGCUGGGUCUGUUCUUCGCCGCCACCAUCGCGCUGGUGGGCUUCUCGUGCCUGGCCUCCAUCGUGGUGAUCCGCCUGUCCUGCAGCAGCCCGCCCUCCCGCCCGCUGCCCCGCUGGUUCCGGCUGCUCCUGCUGCGCUACCUGGCUCGCCUCUUCUGUAUGUAUACCAUCGCAGAGGAGAAACAUGCAGAGCACGACAAAGAGGGCGUCUACAAUUCUUUUGACCAGAAAAACCAGACCAACCAGCAGAGUAACACGCCGAAUCUCGCGCUCGAUCUGUCCCUGCGCGAGCUCGUACGCUACAGCCGGGAAUACUCGGUCGGAGCACGGCAGAAGAAAGGGGAAGAGGCAGACCAGGACGACUGGAAGAUGGCGGCUCUUGUGGUGGACAGAGCUCUGAUGUUUGCUGUUGGCCUGGCGUCCAUUAUUGUUUGUGUUAUGCUACUCCGUUAA